AAGUUUUAGAGCUCUUACUCAUUUUUUAAAAUGAAAACCCCCUGAUUGCUGUGUUUCCCAUUUGAUUUCUUUGAAACUGUUUGAGGGUCUCCAUUUCUUUUCAUUACGUUUCCAAAAGUUGUGAGUGAAUUGAUUCAACUCUUUUCUCGUCUGGUUUUGAUUUCAAUUCCAAUUCUCAAAACAGAUAAGAGUAUGGCUGAUCUACUCAUUUCUCCCCUUGUUACUUCAAUUUUGAAAACCUUGAACUCUUUAGUGCUAAAAGAGUUUGGGAUAUCAUGGGGUUUGAAAACAGAGCUAGAGAACCUAGAGAGCACACUAAGUACCAUUCAAGCAGUCCUUCAAGAUGCAGAGACCAAGCGAGGGAAGAGCGAGGCUCUGAAGAAUUGGCAUAGAAAGCUCAAUGAUGCAGCUUAUGAUGCAGACAAUCUGGUGGAUGAGUUCAUGAUUGAAGCUCAGAGAAGAAGGAUGGAUUCUGAGAGAGGCAUUAAACCCCAAGUAAGUGCCUUUUUCUCUCUUCGAAACCGGCUUAUAUUUCGAUUGAAAAUGGGGCAUAAGAUCGAGGAUAUGAGGGAUAGGUUAGAUGCCAUUGCUGGGGAGAAAAAUAAGUUUCACUUGAGGGAAGGUGUGGUGGAAACCGGAGAAGUUUGUGGGAUGGAGAGAGGACAAACUGAUUCAAUGGUGAAUGAAUCGGAAAUUUAUGGGAGAACUGAUGAGAAAGAAAUGAUAAUUGAAAUGUUGCUCAACAAUUCAAGUGAUCUUGAUGAUGAUGUUUCGGUCUAUGCUAUGUGUGGUAUGGGGGGGCUUGGAAAAACCACACUUGCUCAAUUGGUCUACAAUGAUAGAAGGGUGGAUAGCCACUUCGAUCUGAGAAUUUGGGUGUGUGUCUCUGUUGAUUUCGAUGUAGAGAGACUAACCAGAGAAAUCCUAGAGUCCAUUGAAGGUGGUGGGUGUAGUAUCUCAAACUUGGAUACACUUCUACGUCGCCUCCAAGAAAAACUGUUUGGGAAGAGAUUUUUACUUGUCUUGGACGAUGUAUGGAAUGAGUACCAUGAGAAGUGGGAUAGGCUACAAAAUGCACUGAAGUGUGGAGCUAAAGGCUGUACUGUUAUAGUAACAACAAGGAUUCAGAAAGUUGCUCUUAUCAUGGCUACACUUCCUAUACACCACAUGGCUCGUUUGUCAGAGGAUGAUUCUUGGUCCUUGUUUAAACGACGCGCAUUCGGCAACGAAAGGAGAGAGGAAAACCUUCAAUUGGGUCUCAUUGGGAAGGAAAUAGUGAAAAAAUGCAAAGGGUUACCCUUAGCAAUAAAGGCUUUGGGAAGCCUCAUGCAAUUUAAAAGAAGUGAAAGUGAAUGGUUGUCUGUGAAGGACAGUGAGAUUUGGGAUUUGCCAGAUGAUGGAAGUAAUAUUUUACCUGCUUUGAGGUUGAGCUAUGAAGCCUUACCUCCACAUUUGAGGCAAUGUUUUACUUAUUGUUGUAUAUUCCCCAAAGACUAUAGAAUGGAGAACAGCAUGCUGAUAGAGUUGUGGAUGGCAAAUGAUUUUAUUCCAUCUAAAGGACAAAUGAGGUUACAUGAUAUGGGCCAUGACAUUUUCAGGGACUUGGUUUCGAGGUCAUUCUUCCAAGAUGUAAAAGAGUCCAAUAGUGGAACAAUAUUUUGUAAAAUGCACGAUCUUAUGCAUGAUCUUGCACAAUCUAUUAUGAGAUAUGAAUGCUCUAUUAUGAAGCCUCACGAGGGCAUGAAAAUUCGAGAUAAAAUUCGUCACUUGUCUUUUAAUAUUGUUGGUUUUGGAGAGAUGGUUCCUUGGAAUGAGAUUGUAUUUGAAGUCCCAUCUUUGCGGUCUGUCUUAAUAUUCGAGUCUUUCAUUCCAAAUUCCAAGGACAAUAUUGCUUCACCUUGCAUUUCAAAACAAAAGUAUCUUAGAGUGUUGGAUUUUGGUAGAAAUGUUGAUGAGAAGUUGUCAAUGUCAAUUUCCAAUUUUAGCCAUCUUAGGUACCUGGACAUGUCAUGCUCUAAUAUAGAAAUUCUGCCAGAAUCAAUAAGUAAUCUCCAAAGCCUGCAGACAUUGAAGCUAGAACAUUGCCGACGACUUCGUAAGUUGCCCAAACGCAUGAAGCACAUGAGAAAUCUCACUUACUUGGACAUCACAGGGUGUGAUUCUCUUACUUCUAUGCCUGACCAAAUGGGACAAUUAACUUGCCUACAAAGACUAAGCAUGUUCCUUGUGGGCCAAGAUGAGGGUUACCAAGUUGGUGAGCUGAAAGAAUUAAAUCUCGGGGGUACAUUGAGCAUAAAGAGACUUGAGAACGUAAGAAAUUCAGAAGAGGCCAAGAAGGCCAAUUUGAAGGGGAAACAUGAUCUUAUUUCUUUGGAAUUAUAUUGGAGCAAGAGCAAUGAAGAAAACAUACCAAAGAAUAUCAAAGAGGUUCUUGAGAGUCUCGAACCUAAUUCAAAUUUGAAGAAGCUGAGGAUAAAUUUCUUCCAAGGUUCAAAGUUUCCAAAUUGGAUGUUGGGUUUGGUUCUUAAAAAUUUGGUUGAGAUCUCUUUAAGAGAUUGUGAAAGAUGUGAACAUCUUCCUCCUCUUGGCAAACUACAAUCCCUAAAAAUUCUCGAGAUCAGACGUAUGUGUUCUCUUAAGUACUUCAACCAUGGGGAUUAUGGAGAUGGGGAAAGUUCAUUUCCUGCAUUGAAGACUCUCAAGUUCUAUGAAAUGCCAAGCUUGGAGGAAUGGGCAUUAGUGGAUAGAGGAGAAAUUUUCCCUUGCCUACGGGAGUUGGUGAUAUCUGGAUGCCCCAAAUUGACUAAAUUGCCUUUUCUUCUAGCACUUAAGAGAUUAACAAUUGAGGGAGGCUAUGAAAUGUUAUUUAGGUCAGUGAUUAAUCUUACUUCGAUUUCCUAUUUUUCGAUAGGUAGCUCUAACUCUAAGUUCGAAUUUGAAGAAGCUGAGCAUAAAUUACUUCCAAGGUUCAAAGUUUCCAGCUCUAACUCUAUGUUGAAGAUUCUUCCAGAUGGACGGCUUCCAAACCUCAAGGCCUUGAAGUCCCUAGUGUUACAUUCCAUGUACAAUCUGAAGACCAUACACUUUUAUCUUUGGCCUGAACUUAUGUCAGGACUCAAAAACCUAAACUCUCUGCAAAUAAAUAAAUGUAAUAGUCUUACGUCCCUUCCAAUGCAAGUGUUGCAAGGCUUGACUUCCCUUACAUCCUUACAAAUUAUCAGCUGUAAUAAACUAAAAUCUUUGUCAGAUGGAAUGCAAUAUCUGACAGCACUUCAGCUCUUGGUUAUGAUUGGAUGUCCAGAGAUAAAAUCUUUUCCUGAGGGUAUGCAACAUUUGAAUGCUCUCCGAGAUUUGUAUAUAUCCGAUUGCAGCGGAUUAAUUUCUCUACCAAAUUGGCUAGGAAGCCUCCGGUCAUUAUCAAUGUUAUUGAUUUCGGGUUGCCCUAAUCUGAGGUGUUUGCCGGAUGGGCUGCAGGAUCAGGAUACUCUGAAAUUGCUGUCAAUCAUAGAAUGUCCACAUUUGGAGUGCCGGUGCGAGAAACAGGCUGGGGAGGAUUGGCUGAAGAUAGCUCAUAUUCCCGAGAUUUGGAUCAAUGGUGAACAAGUACAAUCCUUGGAUUGUUAAUGCGCUAGUUUGAAGCCGAGAUUCACAUCCAACAGUGUUUGCAGAAAGCUAAUUUGAGGAAGUGUGACAACGUAGUCCCAAGUUGGUGCAUAAUUGAAGACUGGAGUUUUUGAUGGAGCGUGCUUGAAGAAUUUUGUGGCUGGCCUCAAUAGGUUUGCACACUUGUUGAAUAAUACGUCAUAGUUUUCAAGGUUGAAGAAAUUGGAAAUUGUAUUUCAUAGCAGAGCGGCAUGGGUACGGAAUGCUCUCAUUUCUCUAAUUGCUCUGAAAAGCUUUUGUGGAAUUAGAUUAGAUCAUAGAUGGCUAUGAAGAAUUGUAAUAAUUGGUUGCUGUAAUAAUUGGUUGCUGCAAAACAUUGCUUUCUUUCCUUUGAUUUUAUAUUUCUAAGCACAGGAUGGUGUUUUUAGAUGAUAGGUAUUAUGGAUUGAUUUGUUCCAGGUUGCUUCCUAGUUUCACCGUUCUUCUUUGAGGGAUGUGAUUUCCAUUUAUUUGUUCAUUUUUAUAUAUUUAGAGCCAUUUACAUGGAUAUUAUUUAUUUUGAUUUAAUUUUUAUCAGAAUUUCUUAGGGUCCA